UUGCAGACAAUUCUGAACCCAUCGAUGAGACGGACAAACCUCUCGACGUCAACAGUGCUGACGACCGCCACAUCAACACAGGUCUCAUCGGCGGUCAUGCCCUCGACAUCCAUCUACGAUCGCAUCAGUCCAUCGCCCUAUGCGUUGGGACAGACUGUGCUCCGGUCGCACACUCCCAUCACUCCCGGCGCCGACUUCUCUGACUCUCAGAGCGAAACUUCUGGAGAUAAAGGCAAACGAAGGAAACUGCCGUCAGUUCCCUUCGAUGAGGAGCCCAUCUCUCCUGUGAUCGCCACUAGAAAACUGAUCAAAGAUAGACUGGCCGGCCGGGCGGCCAUUUCUUCCACAUCAAUAGCAUCGAAACGCAUACCACCCCUACGCUCGUCCUCAUCACUGGACGGGACUGUUAUGGGACUGACAGCUCAGCGUCGACCGCAGUCGCCCUUCUCGUCGACGUCAGACAUAACCCAAUUCCUGACCUCAACGUACGGCCAGUCAGUGAUGAAGAGCUCAAUCGGGAACAUCCGAUCACCGGCUCGUUCGCCAAUACCUCCCGGA